AUGUAUCUGUCAGCCACCCCUGAAGCCGUGGGGGCGGUGUUGGUUAAGGAGCAAGAUAAUGUACAACGACCGGUGUAUUUCUUCAGUCAUCUAUUAAAGGGGUCUGAAUCCCGAUAUACAGCCCUGGAAAAUUUGGUUUAUGGACUGGUUCUCAUGGCGCAUCGCUUGAGGCCCUACUUCUUGGCACACCCCAUCACAGUCCUGACAAAUAGUACCAUGGGUAGGGCUCUCACCAAUGUAGAAGUAGCAGGUCGGCUCAUCAAGUGGGCAACUGAGUUGGGAGAAUACGACAUACAAUAUCAACCACGCACAACCAUCAAAGCGCAAGCCUUGGCAGAGUUUUUAAUGGAGAUUCAUCAAACAAACUUUGGAGAAACGUGGAAAAUUUACGUAGACGGGUCUGCCACCCAACAAGGAAGCGACGUAGGAAUACUCCUAAUAUCUCCUCAAAGGGAUAUAAUGCAACUGGCCGUCCGGCUGAAUUUCCGAGCCACUAAUAAUGAGGCAGAAUAUGAAGCUUUGUUGGCAGGGCUGCAAGCAGCUCGGCAUGUAGGGGCUGCCCGGGUCAUAAUUUAUUCAGACUCUCAACUAGUGACUCAGCAAGUGGCUAGCAAUUUCGAGGUAAACAGUGGAAAAUUGCAAAUAUAUCAAGAAGCGUAUGAGAAGAUGAGGGAGGGAUUUAAAGAAGUUACGGUAACCAAGAUUCCUAGUACAGAAAACGAAAGAGCGGACGAGUUAGCUAAAAUGACCAGUUCUCUGACCACUUGGGUAUUAGAUAAACCGCUAGCACAGACCUUUCUCAUCGCUCAGAUUGAUUUGCAGAACAAUAGAGAAGAGCUGAUUAAUUGGUGGGCACCAAUGAUUAACUUUCUUCGGCAAGGCCUUUUGCCGUCAGACCCCGAGGAGGCACGACUGGUCAGGAAGAAAGCUCAUGCCUACACUAUGAUUGGAGAUCAACUAUACAAGCGAGCAUUCUCCCGACCAUUGCUCAGAUGCCUAAGUAUAGAAGAGGCGGAUCAGGCCUUACGAGAGAUACACCUCGGAUGCUGUGGCAGUCAUACGGGAGGCAGAACGUUAGCACGCAAAGUACUGCUAGUCGGUUAUUUCUGGCCUACUCUAUAA